GUGGAUAGCGAGGUGGUUAUGCUGUCCGCACACUGGGAGAAAAAGAAGACGAGCCUAAUAGAGUUGCAGGAGCAGCUCCAGCAGCUUCCAGGUCUAAUAGCAGAUUUAGAAUCUGUGACAGCAAAUCUAGCUCAUUUAGAGGCUAGUUUUGAGGAGGUAGAAAACCACCUGCUGCAUCUGGAAGAUUUAUGUGAGCAGUGUGAAUUAGAAAGACACAAACAUAUGCAGUCCCAGCAAUUGGAGAAUUACAAGAAAAAUAAGAGGAAGGAACUUGAAACCUUCAAAGCUGAACUAGAUGCCGAGCACGCCCAGAAGGUCCUGGAAAUGGAGCACACCCAGCAGAUGAAGCUGAAGGAGCGGCAGAAGUUCUUUGAGGAGGCCUUCCAGCAGGACAUGGAGCAGUACCUUUCCACUGGCUACCUGCAGAUUGCGGAGAGGCGAGAGCCCAUUGGCAGCAUGUCUUCCAUGGAAGUGAAUGUGGACAUGUUGGAGCAGAUGGAUCUGAUGGACAUAUCUGACCAGGAGGCCCUGGAUGUCUUCUUGAACUCAGGUGGAGAAGAUAACACUGUGCUGUCCCCUGUGUUAGGGCCUGAACCCAAUACUUGUCAGGGUGAAAUUGCUCUUCAGGUUCCACUUCCAUCAGAACUACUCGCCAAGCCUUCCUCAUGCUCAUCCUCAUCCUCCACCAACUCCGCGGCCCAGGACUGCAGUGAAGCGGGGGAGUCCCCCCUUGUUCAGUCUGACGAGGAGGAAGUUCAGGUGGACACUGCCCUAGCCACUUUACACCCUGACAGAAAGGCCACUCUGGAUGUUAGUGAUGACAGCGACUCUUAAAUCAGGAUGUUUGUGUCCUCUGACCACAUUCAAGUGAGUGCACAGAAUUCCACCUUUGAAAUCAGGUUGUUUGAUGGGGGGUUUUGAUUUUUACAUAAUCACCAAUAAUGUGUGAGAAACUGAAAGGAACGCUAACAAUAAAGUUUGAGGACUUUAAA